AUGCCGCGAAUUAUUGAGUCGGAGAUGGAGGAGGACGAGGAUCAGGACAUGAACAAAGAGUUUGCUCCCGACGAAAUGCCGAUGGAACGCGUAACCUCAACGAUUGCCUCGAAAACCACAGAGGCCGUGACGAAGGAGUCGUUCCUGGCCAAGGCCAAGGAUACGGUAGUCGACACGGCCGUCGACCUGAAGGAUAAAGUGAAGCUGAAAGUGAUGAAGGAAACCGGAAUGCCGGAAUGGGCUUUCGUCUUUCUUGGAAUUAUUGCCCUAGCCAUCGUGCUCCUCUGCGCCUAUUUGCUGAUCAGAAAGUUGUUUGGCAAGAAGCGGCACGGCGAGCAGAACAAGAAGGGAUUCAAGGGCCUCUUCGGAAAAGGCGGAACCGACGCAAUGUUCGACAAAGAAGCCGGGUUGGCCGCCGAUCUGGCCGGUCUCGGCGAAAAUAUGGAGGAGAACGAGAAGGAGCAGGCUGAAGUGAAGGAAGAAGUCAAGCUCGGCCGGAUACAGUACAAACUCGACUACGACUUCCAACAAGGACAGCUGACCGUCACCGUGAUCCAAGCCGAAGAUCUGCCCGGCAUGGACAUGUCCGGAACCUCCGAUCCCUAUGUGAAACUCUACUUGCUGCCCGACAAGAAGAAGAAGGUUGAAACGAAGGUCCAUCGGAAGACGCUGAACCCGGUAUUCAAUGAGACGUUCAUCUUCAAGGUCCCCUUCAACGAGAUCACCUCCAAGACGCUGGUCUUUGCCGUGUACGAUUUUGAUCGAUUCAGCAAGCACGACCAGAUUGGACAGGUGCUCCUCCCACUCGGCAAAAUUGAUCUUGGCCAAGUCAUCGAGGAAUGGAAAGACAUUCAGCCACCACCAGAUGACAAGGAGGCUGAAAAGGCUCUUGGUGACAUUUGCUUUUCGCUGCGCUACGUUCCUACCGCCGGCAAGCUGACGGUGGUCAUUCUGGAGGCAAAGAAUCUAAAAAAAAUGGACGUCGGAGGAUUGUCUGAUCCAUACGUGAAGAUCGUGCUGAUGCAGGGCGGAAAACGGUUAAAGAAGAAGAAGACGUCCAUCAAGAAAUGCACGCUGAACCCGUACUACAAUGAGAGCUUCUCCUUUGAAGUGCCGUUCGAGCAGAUUCAGAAAGUAUCGCUGAUGAUUACGGUAAUGGACUACGAUAAACUUGGAUCGAACGACGCGAUUGGAAGAUGUUUGCUAGGCUGCAACGGCACCGGAGCCGAGUUGAGGCAUUGGAUGGACAUGUUGGCGUCUCCUCGAAGACCCAUCGCCCAAUGGCAUACCCUUGGACCUGUGGAAGAGGAGGGCGACAAGAAGGACGAGAAGGAGAAGAAA